CAAUGAACCAACUCAAUCUUGAUUAUGAUUUUUCAAAGAAGUAGACUCUACCCACGAGGACUAAGCUUUACCCUCUAGACGAACCCCAGAGCAGUUCCUAACCAACCCCUUGUACAAACAGCCCUUGUGCAAGCAAUCAGCCCCAAAGGAGAAAAAGUCUCCUUAAAUAAGGAGAAAAAGCCCCUUUGUGAAAGACCCCUGAGUUGCGAUUCCUGAAAAGAUGGUGGAUCAACAGAACAGAGGUGCGCACCCGUCAACCUCCUCCACUGGUGCUAGUAGCCCAAGCAGUGGAACAAAUGCAAUUCAAGGAGGAGCAGCUGGCUUGUCUUCUGCUGCCUUGAAUACGCGCGACUGCCCAGAACUUCUCUUAUGUGGACGCUCUCCGUGUGUAGUUGCUAACGCUCUCCAUGCAUAUGUUAGUUUUACUUGUGUAGGAGUACAUGACUUGGUUCACUACUAGCUUGCCUGUUUGUGUUUUUGUAGUACAAAAAUGUCAUGCUUCUAGAUAGAAGGAUUGACUAAAAGCUGAAGCAUCCUUUGUCCGUCGAAACAAGUAUUUUAGUAGUUGCAUACAUUAUGUACCACCCGAUCAUGCCAUCUUCUCUAAUAUUUGGAAAAACGAAGAGCAUAAAUGCUCAAUCAGCUGCAGAAGCUCUUGAAGGCGAAGAAGACGAUGGCGCUUUUGAGUGCGGAUACACGAUGAACGAGCUCCUGGAAAUGUUUCCAUUUUGCACCAGAGACUACACUAUGAUAGACGUAAUAUUUUUGAAGAGAAUUGGAAUCAAUCGUAUAAUUUCAAAUGGCUUCUCAAAAACAUACGAGGAAUAAAUCACUAUAUAUAUAACUUGUUUCCUUGGUGGUCUCGUAACUCACUAAAUAGGGAUGGUGUCUGUCUAAUAUGUUCGAGAAUGUGAUGGCCCAGUAUCCAGGUGAGGACGCCAUGUUGCAAUUGGCUGACCAUCACAAAGCCCUUCAAAACGCAGCGCAACAGGGUGAAGAAGUUAUGUCCUGGAUUCUGUCUCAGUCUGUGUUUGCUUCGAGUUGACUACAAACGGGAUAGAUGUGAUUCGAGAAUUGAAAAGUUAAUAAAGACUCCCCCUCGAUGUUAUUCUCAGUUUUUCAUCCUCGUCUUUGCUUUGUAGCAGAAUGAUGGAUAUAAUCUGAUAAAACUACAAAAGUUCCUUGCGUUCAUAUUCCCGCAGAAGACGCGAAGCCAAGCCCAAAGAAAACCAUUCUCUCUCGAAAAAGAGGAACGUAAGUUUCCCAAACUUAGCCUAGAAAAGGAAUGGGAAAUGGUCGAUGAACUAGAAGAAUGGGAGAAAGUGGAUGCGGAGGAAAAGAAAAAAACCUGGGCUGAGAAAAUUACGCUCUCGUUUGAUACUGAUUGACUUUUCAGCCUCCUACAAUGAGCUCGUGUUCAAUGGAAGAUAGUUAUACAAAUAGAGCUCAGAAGAGAUGACUUUGGAGCAAUCAAUUUUUUUACUGUCUGGAAAUAAGAAGAUGUUUGAUGGUUCUGAAUGAUUUACCUGCUCUAAUGCACUGAAGGAGUCAGCGGAUAAGAAGCCGUAGCGCACAAUCGAGUGGAGACACCCUGCUCGUGCAAAAGUUGUAACUAUUUUUUUCGAACCAGGGCUGAAGACGGAAAAAGAGUAAGAGUUUUGAAAAUCUAACCUAUCUAAUCUACCAUCUUCAUAGCUAUAUUAUAAGUGUGUACUCAAUAUCUAAACUCGCGUCAACGUCUCAUCAUCUAAACUCGCAUCAAUUUCCUAUCUAAACUCGCACAACGAUAAUUCAUCAAAUUGAAAUUCAGAUGAAAACACGACUUGUAAGAAAGUGACUUUUCUGGGUUGUUCCCUGUGUCUGGUCGCUGCUGUACUACUGUGAUUGUAGUUGUCACUGUACUAGUGUAGAAAUUUUUCAUUGAUUUUAACUGUCUUUAGCACAUCGCGUUUUUCGCAUCCAAAUCCAUAUCGCAUACAUCAAAACUGUACAACACAAGAAGUCCCUGCUCACUGCACUGAAACACCAUGAUCUGUUGUAACUCCUGUAAAAAUUCUACAAAUUAACUACAACAUGAUCUAUGCUUGCUGCAUCUAUGCGUAUGCUGGUUCCAAGCAUCAACCAGGAAGAAGUGUAGCAUGGCCACUUCCAACCUUUAACAACGCAAAAAAUCUUGUUUUCCGGGAACCAUGCAUAAAUUGUAAAAAGGCUGGAAAAUAAGGUCUAGAUAGCGGAAAACUGAGCAGAAGAGGAAGACACAAAAUCAAUCUAGAGCGAAGCAUAGUUGGACUCGUCCCCUGUCUUCAUAUUGACCUAUCCCCUGAGUAACAACACGACUAUGAAGAUUAUACCUUUUUUACUACAUCAUCAUCAUGCUGCUGCAGCAGCAGCUGCAGUUCGUUGAAGAUCUUCCUCGUCCAUGCAUUCAUUGUUUGCCUGAUGCCAGAAGGAAGGACUGAGGAUGAAAUAAGGGAAAAGACAGGAAUACAUCGACAUUUUCUAACACAGAAGCAUAAAUCUUGAAUUUAUGUAUUUGUAGAAUUUUGAUUUACUUUUGAAUUCAUAUUUCUUUGGCAAUAUUUCUAUCUGGCCCGACCUCGGGGCGACGGAAGUGCCACCCGUAUUCCUCGACGACGAAGCGUGCUGGCUGUCUAAGCGUUGUGUCAACUUUAAACUAUCUACUCAAGAUGACAUACGUCUAGCGCAAAUGACUUUCGCCCGUCACCGAACCUAUUCUGUACAGCUACUUACAACAUUUUGAUCGGUUGGAUGCAUGAUCUCAUGCGCAAUCGAAUUUUCUCAUGCUGGAACUAUAAUCAUGUGGUUAAAAAAUGUGUUGCUACUCAUCGGUUACUAUCAUGUAUUC